AUGCAGCGUAACCCGAUUUUGACGAAUAUUGGAAUAGUCUCGCGGGUAGCACCUACUCCCGUACUCGCUGUAGUGUCCUCGUCGGCAGCUUGGCUCACAUUCCAACAUCUGAUCAUGGUUAUACUUAGUUUGCGCAUAGUAAACCCGCUUCUUCAUCGACGUGCGGAUGAUGGGACCAACGGCGAGCCGGGAAUAGGAAUUUUGACGCGCGAGUCUGAGGACGACUUCUGGCAGGAGUUGAUGGAGAUUUGUGGACGAGUACAUAUGGCGAAUUCACAAGACGCGCAGGUGGACGCGCAACCGGGUGAUACUGUGGACUCGAACGGUACCAGUAGGCAACACUAA